AUGGAGCCGAUACAGUUGGAAAUGCCAGCCAACCUAGACACGUGGGGCUCAGGCAGGCAGAUGCUCAUCGUUGCCCAUAUUUCUGGCAACCUCGGAGUUGGCCGACUUGAAAUUAUGGAUAGCUGGAAAAAAGCAUACACAACGUACAUGUUAUGUCCGUUUAGGCUUCGAUGCGUUUACACAUUCUUCCGGCUUGUCGUCAAUUUUCUGGAAGUUUCGGUAUCGCCAACUCGAAUGCUUCUGCUGUUUGUCUCCAGUUCGCGAUGGCCGACCACCGCAACAAUGAGCCCUCUUCUGGCAGUCACUUUCACAUUUCACAAUGCUCCAUCAUCGGCAUCAGGUUGCUUUCAAAUACUCAGUUCAUGUGGCCACCUUCAUGUUGAAACCGUCUGA